CCGGCCGCCGGCCCCCGGAAGCGGAAGGCGCAGCGCCGUCACGUGACGGGGCGCGGCGGGAGCCGGCAGGAGCGAGGCGCAGCUGGUGCAACCUGGUUGCUGAGGGUUUGUUGCUGAGCGAAGGAUGCUGGCCCGUGGCAGACAGAUGUUCGUUGGCUUCUCGGGGUAUUGGAAGCCUUUUUUCAGAGGCCGGUUGCUCCUGGUUACAAACACUCUGAGCUGCGGGGCUCUCCUGGCGACUGGCGACACCGUCCAGCAGACGUGGCAAAUGAGGAAGGACCCGGAGCGGAAGCGGGAGCUGGGCCGCACAGUUCGGAUGUUUGCUAUUGGCUGCAGCAUGGGCCCGUUAGUGCAUUACUGGUAUCUCUGGUUAGACAGAGCAUUUCCUGCAAGUGGAUUAAAAGGAAUUAAAAUUGUCCUGAAGAAAGUCUUCAUUGACCAGAUAGUAGCAUCUCCAGCCUUUGGAAUCUGGUAUUUUCUGGGGAUGGGGUUACUGGAGGGGCAGAGGCUGGAGGAAAGCUGGGACGAGCUCAGAGAGAAGUUCUGGGAAUUUUACAAGGCAGACUGGUGCAUCUGGCCAGCAGCUCAGGUGAUUAACUUCCUGUUCCUUCCUCCCAAGUAUCGGGUGAUAUAUGUGAACGUGUUGACCUUGGGCUGGGACACAUACCUUUCCUAUCUCAAACACAGGCACAAGCAGCCACUCGGUGCUGAGGCUGAGCUGAAGAGCAGUACUCAGCCCCACCGCACUGGAGUGAAAACUGUGGGCUGACAAGCUGUUUGCAAGGAUGGCUGCUCUGUUUCCAUCUGUUCCUGGGGGAGGGAGCUGGCUCCCAUGCAGACCAGAAAAAAUAGCUUGAUCAAGUGAACAAAAUGCUUCCUGGAGACAAAUCACUACCGUUGUCAUGUGGCUGACCUAUCCUGAUGGGUGUGGAAGAGAAACAUGAGGGGCUCUCUCUCUGAGUUAGCAUUUAACUCGCUAGCCGCAAACCCAGUGACUUUUUAAAACGAAGAAUCAUGUGUCAACAGGCUGCCUAAUAUGACUAAGUUUCUUAUUCCUCCACUGACUUCUGCGGAAGUGGGGCAGGUGCUGCACAUUACUGUUUUGCACCUGAAACCAAGGUGCCAGGCAUCCCUAAGUGAGCCAAGAUCCUUAAAAUAAUCCCAUGACUUGGAACCAACUUAAUUUAUUCUCCCUGUGUCUGAAAACUGUAUUUUGCUAGAAACCGUGAUGUACCAAAAUGUCACUUAAAAAAAUAAUUAAAUGAGACCUUAAUUAUGUA